AUGGGCUUUCACCCGGGUGCAUAUGGGUGUCCCACAGCGAAGAGAAGGUUUAGCGAUGCGGGUCAAGAUCGGUCUCAGAAGGGUGUCCAUCCUGACUGGAAUCUAUCGUUGAAGCAGCCUGUCGGUCAACAAUCUUCCUGGGCAUCAUGGCGCGAGAGCCAUAAUGGAGUGAUGAAUCCAGGUGGGAGCACUGCAACAGAGGCAGAACCAAACGAUAAACGCGUGUCUUUGAGCGUGCGAACAAACGGAGUAGAGCAUCACCUGACAAACUUCGAAGUAUGUGAACCAGUUCCAACCGAGUCUAUCUCAAACCCCACUCCUCCUGGUCCAGUGUCGCCACUAAGCAUCCAAAUCCCGGGGUUUGACAAGAGGGCCUAUGGUGACCCAACAAGAAGAAUGUCGAGUCAGAUAGCGAGUGCAUCGAGAGGGUGUAGCCUAGAACUGCGCCUUAGCCCCCGAAUCAAGCCAGAAAGUGCAGUCUGGUCGAAAAAUGGGGCGGAUCCAACCACAGCCUCCAUUAAACUCGAACCAGAUCCUCGAGGUCUUCAAACUGCGACACCUCUUCUCACACCUUAUUUAACCUCCUUCCACACGCCGAGUAACAAAUCCCCGACAAAUCUUCAAGCUGGACAUAACACGGUCGACGUGGAAAUGCAUAAGUACCAACAGCCGCCCAAGGUGGCGAGUCCAAGUCGAAUGAGUUCAGCAAAGAAAUCAGGGUCACCACCUCGUCCCGAGACCUUUGAAACUCUAAGGCAAGGAAGCGAGACUCCGGAGCAACUGAUUGCUCGCCUUCAAGAGACACAAUGCCGUGAGGCAUUCCGUCGGAUAAAACAGAAGGAAUACGCUGACGAGUCUGUCACUACGGGCCUCGCGAUGCUGCAUCUUCUGCGAGAACCACUGCCGCCCGAUUCAGAUCAAUUACAACCCGGGAUGGGCAAUAUCCGAACAGGCGCCUCCUCUGCCCUGGAGCUAAAUCUGCCGCAGGAUCAAUCUUCACGAGGCAGAGAUGGUUCGGCUGAUUCAUGUCCCUCAGCGUCAAAGCAAAAGAGAACGGCGGAGAGCUGGUCGGACGUGAAUAAGUUGGAGCCGCCACAAUGUAACAGUGUCGAAGACUCAGAAGAACCGGAGAGUGAUAACGACUCGACGAGGCCCAUGGCCGUUGGUUUUGGCAGACUUAUUCACGUUCAUGAGCCUCAAGUGCCCGAAGAGGAACUUGCAGGAUGGGACGGUAAAUUCCUACCACCCCCACUCGACUGGGAGCGACGUGGCCGGUUCUACAACAAUACCCCAGAAUACAUCAGUGGCUUCGAAAGUUGGCUCGGUGCAGCCACAAUGCGAACCAUGUCGCGGGGGCCCGAAGUCGACUUCUCGGCCCUACCUCUCGAAGAAGUCCGGAACAUCGAUAAUCACGCCGACGGCAUUGGGUUUGCGCCAAAGCAGACGAUGGUUAACGAAAGUAAUGCUGGCCGCUACGGCUUUAACAGUGACAGCUUCAAAAGUGGCGAGGUGACGAAGCCUGAGUCAUGGUCCCCAGUUGACUUCGACGGUGACCCAAAACUCGAUCUGUCGGAUCCUGAAAAUGUUCGUCUGAAGGAUGAAACAGCGCAGAAGCUUAUUGAUAACCGCAUUGAGCGCGUGCGACGCGCGGAGAGGCAAGUGCAAGAAAAUGUGGUGUUACGAGUACAGGUCGAGCACGAGAACAGUCCGGUGGCUGAAGAAGUCAGUCGACAAGAACAGCCGCCUCCCCUUAUGACAACUAAGAACAUCUACCUUCGCCCUGCCGUUAAUGCAGACGUCCCGGGUAUGAGAGCUAUUCUCAACUGGCACAUUGCUCAAGGCACUCGUCCCUCGGAACUGGCAGAGAUAAGCGAAGAAAACAUGAACCAGCGGUUAGAGGAUUCGACGUCAAACCGUCUGCCAGUCAUCGUUGCCGUCGAACGCAACCGUAAAAACUCCCGCCCUAAAUCACGCAGGGGCCCGAGAGUCAAUCCCAAUCAUCCUAUUCAAAACACUGAUCCUGAAUAUAUUGGCGUGGUGAAAGACGAGCCCGUUGUUGGCUGGGCCUCUGCCACAGACUGGUCAGCGUCGGAUUACAUUGAAGCCAUCACGGCCGAACUGGAGUUGUAUGUGGCACCCUCACACCGCAAAUCAGGUGUGGGACGAUGCUUACUGGACGCUUUACUGGAUGCUACAGAUCGCGGGUACCUGAAGAAAGGGGGCUAUGAAUUUCGAGUCGCGCCGGAGUUGAGGCAUAUGUACAGCGCUGGCGGAGGACGCAAUCUGCACAAGUUGAUGGUUCAAGUACGCAGCUUCAACCACCCCAUGCCUCCGGAGCUGCUUGACCGCCUUCAAGAAGCAGCCACUCAGGGACCGCCUGAUCCUCCAGCCAGGGGGAAUGGCUGGGCUCGUCGCAAUGGAGAGGAUUCUAGAAAUUGCAAGAAUCGCAUACCUGAGAAUUCGCCCUCUGAAAAUGCUCGCAAACAGCAAAAGCGAAAGGAUUACUCCAAAGCGGCGAAGCUGGAUGACCGCGAAGACGAUUACGAAAUCUGGCUGAAAGAGUGGCUCGAGAGUCAAGGAUUUGAGGAGGAAGCGCACUUGAAGAAAAUAGGGACUAAGAAAGGGAGGUUUGUGGAUGUGAGAUACUUAAGCCGUGAGACUUGCUGGCAGCCUGUGGAUCAUCGGAUCCCGGACUUUUCGCACGGUAUUUGA